AUGGUGCAGCGGCGGAUUAUUCAGGCCGUUGCAGGCUUGUCUAAGGCGUUCCUCGCGCUUGGGUGCAAGCGUGUGCGUGCGCAUGGUGUCGAAAAUCUUCUCCAAGUCCUGCACGAUCCCCAGCGCAUCCGCCAGGGCCGGGGGGUGCUGACCUAUUGCAACCAUAUCGCGGUACUCGAUGAACCGCUACUAUGGGGCGUGCUGCCAUGGAGCACCUUUCGUGAUACCUACACCACGCGCUGGAGUCUCGGGGCGAGCGACAUUCUUUUUAAAAACGCCCUCUUUUCCCACUUCUUUCGGCAGGGUCAGACGCUCGAGACGCUGCGGGGCGAGGGCAUCUUUCAGCCGGCGCUCGACCAGGCCAUCGAAAAGCUCGGCGAGACGCGCUGGGUGCACAUCUUUCCAGAGGGCGCAGUGAACCUCUCGCACUCGACCAUGAUGCGCCGUUUCAAGUGGGGCAUCUCGCGCCUGGUGCUCGAGGCGCCCGUGACACCGAUCGUGCUACCGAUCUGGCUCACGGGCUUUGACCAAAUCAUGCCAGAGCCGCGCAUGCAUCCACGCUGGGUGCCUCGCCUCGGCGCGGAUAUUUCCGUGUCGUUCGGCAAGCCCGUGCCACAGGGCACGCUGCAGAUGUACGCCGACCUCUAUACCCAGAUGAAGCACGCGCACCAUGACGACGUACCGGUCGCCUUGCCGCCGAUCGCCGAGUCCGUGCCGAGCCAUCACCUCUACCCAGAGACCCCGGCAAAGCUGCGCGAGCAGGACUCGGAGGAGUACGCGACGAUCCGCAGCCGCCUCGCUGCGGUCCUGCGCGAGGAACUCGCCAAGCUCGGCGAGGACUCGCGCAAGCGGCAGGGGCUUGGGCCGGGCGAGGGGCAGCUCGCGCACCGGCCCGACAUGGUCGGACACAAGUACAAAACAGAUAUUCCUACAUAA